AUGGCAUCAUUUUGGAGUGAUGUUGUGUACACUCUUAAGGUCAUAGCGCCUCUUGUAGAUGUGAUAAGAAUGGUUGAUAACGAAAGAAAACCCGCAAUGGGUUACAUAUAUGCUGCAAUGGGGGUAGCCAAAGAAUCAAUUGAAAAAGCUUUUAAUUCAAAUUCAAGCAAGUAUAAAGCCGUGUUUGACAUCAUUGAUAAAAGAUGGGAGUGUCAACUUCAUCAUCCAUUACAUUCUGCAGGUUACUAUCUCAAUCCUGAAUAUUAUUAUGAGAAACCAGAAAUUGAGAAUGGUCCUAAAUUGGUGAGAGGCCUCCGUAAAUGCAUUGAGACACUUAGUGAAAGUGAUGAAGUGGAAGACAAAAUUUCAGUCCAAUUGGCACAGUAUAAGGGUGCUACAGGUCUCUUUGGUAUAAGAGUGGUAAUUAGACAAAGGAUGACAUUAGCUCCAACUGAAUGGUCGAAGUCUUAUGGAGCUGAAAUUCCUGAUUUGCAAUUGUUGGUUGUUAAAAUGUUGAGUUUGAUUCAUUCCAAGAAGCGAAAUAAGUUGGAGCAUCAAAGGUUGCAAGACUUAGUUUUCAUAAAGUAUAACCAAGCAUUGAUGGGAGAGAUGAGAGAAGAUGGUGAACCUUUACAAGAAGAUUUGGUUCAUGAAGAUGAUGAUUUAACUUGGGCACAAGUUACCAAAGUAAGUGGGGUUAAUGAGCCUGUAAUUUACACUAGGAGGUCAAGACUACUUGAAGAUGCAAGUACAUCUAGGGCACAACAAGUGGUGGUAGAAGAUGUUGAAGAAGAUGAUGAAAAUGAAGAAUUGGAGGAAUAUUUUGAUGAUAUAUGA